GAAAACAUGACCUAGUCGAAGAAAACUCGGACGCGUCGACUCAGUGCAUAUGUCACAGCUCACACGGCAAGGCAAGAAUCCAACGCACGAUUUGUGGACGCAAUCUGCAGGGAAACAGGAUAGCCUCCUCCACGCCCUCCAACAAUGGAGGAACGUCAAAAUCUGGUUCAAUCUUACCCGCACUACUGGGGCUUCAAUCCUGAGCAAGACUUCUACGCCCAGCAGGGAAUCUCUUCGUCUUCAUCGUUCUUCACCACUCCCAGAGGCCUCUCCCUCUUCACGCGUUCAUGGCUUCCUCUCACCCCUCCACGCGCCGUCGUCUUCAUGGUCCACGGUUACGGCAACGACAUCAGCUGGACCUUCCAAGCCACUCCAAUCUUCCUCGCUCAGAUGGGUUUCGCUUGUUUCGCUCUCGACCUCCAAGGCCAUGGCCGAUCCCAAGGCCUCAGGGCCUUCGUCCCUAACGUCGAUCUUGUCGUCCACGACUGCCUCUCCUUCUUCGGAUCCGUCAAGCAAGACCCCAACUUUCAGGGCUUGCCUCGUUUCCUCUACGGCGAGUCCAUGGGUGGUGCGAUCUGCCUUCUCAUCCACUUCGCCGAUCCGAAAGGGUUCGACGGCGCGAUAUUGGUCGCACCCAUGUGCAAAAUCUCCGACGAGGUCAGACCCAGAUGGCCGAUUCCUCAGAUUCUUACUUUUCUGGCGAGAUUUUUCCCCACUUUGCCUAUUGUUCCUGCCCCUGAUCUCUUGUACAAGUCCGUGAAAGUAGAUCACAAGAAAGUGAUCGCAGAUAUGAAUCCGAUGAGGUACAGGGGAAAACCCAGAUUAGGGACAGUGGUGGAGCUGUUUAGGGUCACAGAUUAUUUGAGUCAAAGGUUGUCUGAUGUGAAGAUUCCAUUUGUGGUGUUACAUGGGAGUGCAGAUCUUGUUACAGACCCAAAUGUGAGUCGAGAGUUGUAUGAAGUGGCAAAGAGUGAAGAUAAGAGUAUCAAGGUGUACGAAGGGAUGAUGCACUCUUACUGUUUGGGGAGACUGAUGAGAAUGUAGAAAUCGUUCGGAAUGACAUUGUGUCGUGGCUCAAUGAUAGAUGCGACGCAACAACGACGGAUUGAAGAAUGAAGAUGGGUUAUUUAUAAUUAUUUGAUUGAUUCCUUUGUGGGUAAUCUGAUUAUUGUUUCGUUCGUUCUCCAGCACAAUACUUGGUGCCAGUGAUGAACUGAUUAUUGAUGGCAUAUGUAUAUUGAAACCCCACUUUGAAUUAAGCUUUUGCAAUUAGCAUCGCAAUGGCAUGUUAUAGUCUUCAUCAUAUGUUCUUCGUUUGAAAAACAAAAAACAAAAACAAAAGGGCAGAUGGACUUGCGGAA